GAGCGCCCCGGAGCGCUCCACAGGGGCAGAGGAUAAGGGCAAGUUGUCGUCGCUGUGGUAGCGGCUGAUGGUGCAGUGGGGGCCGUCCCCGCUGUUGGGAGUCUCGGCUGUUGGGAGUCUCGGCUGUUGGGAGUCUCGGCUGCGGGACCUGUCUGGCGGAGGGGCCGCGGGGCUGUCGGCGGGAGGUCCCCGCGCGGCGGCUCUUGCGGUAUCGGCCUCUUUGUCAGAAUGGCUGCACACUGGUUAAGGAACAUUGCUUUCCAGGCCCUGCGAAACGAAGCUGGUUCCACGGGUUGGUACCUUUGUACUGCAGCUGCAAGGCGUUUUAGUACUCUGUCGGUACAAGCCAUGCUGAAAAUCACAAUACCCCAAUCCAGGUGCAAUGUUCCCUGUUGGAAAGCAGCCCCCUGGGUCAUGCCCCAAAAAACGUUUGGAACAGCUGGUGGGACUGAGACCGAGGUCCCGAAGGAGAAAAAGAACCCGCGAGCGAGAAAAACAAUAGGGAACAUUGGCAGAAAAAUCCAUCAUCGCAUCAUUCAGGUGAUAGACGAAACUGGGAUAAACCUGGGAAAUCUGCACAGAGCGGAUGCCAUUCGCCUCCUUGAUGAACGUGGAGUCAGGAUAGUAACAAUCAAUGAGAAUGCAGACCCCCCGCUAUAUAAACUCAUGACAGGAAAACAGAUCCACGAGGCACAAAUGAAACUCCGAGAAAAGCAAAAGGAGAAUCCUAAAAGUACUGCUACCCAAAUGAAGGAGCAGACCUUCUCCGCAGACAUUGCAAAGCACGAUCUGCAAACAAAGGUGAAGCAGAUCCAGCAGUGGAUUGAGAAAAAGCACCAUGUUCGGAUCACCGUGAAGAAAGGAAAUGCUCUGCACACGAUAGAGAAAAUGGAGGAGCUGUUGGAUUACAUUAUUAAGUCUAUGCCUGACAAAGCUACCUAUGUGUCAAGACCAAAGGCUGUGAGAGAAGGGAAAGCAGUUAUGAGUGUUCUACGGCAUCUGUCUGAAAAAGAACUGAACGAGUACAAGCAACAACAAAAAGCACACAAUGAAGCAGAAAAGCUGCCUAAAGGAGCAUCCCCUGAAACUGUAACAGAAGAGCCACAAACAGUGGUUGUAAAGUAAAUGUUUUAUUUCAAAAAUAAAUUGUCAAAGCUU